AUGGAGUCUCUCAAAACGCUGCUGAUUGCUAAUCGGGGGGAGAUUUCUGUUCGGAUUCUGAAGACUGCCAAGGCACUCAAUAUUCGGACAAUCGCGGUUUACACCGAGCCAGACGCCGCCUCAACCCAUGUACGUCUUGCAGAUGAAGCAAUCCUUCUAUCUGGGUCGCCUUCAAAGGCGUAUAUCGACGGAGACCAAAUCAUCGAAAUCGCAAAACAAAGACAUGUCGAUGCGGUUAUUCCAGGAUAUGGCUUCCUGUCAGAGAACUCGGAGUUUGCAAGAGCCGUGGCAAGCGCCGGCAUGGCGUUUGCUGGACCAUCUCCUGAGAGCAUUGAAGCAUUCGGUCUCAAACACACAGCACGGGAACUUGCGACAAAAGCCGGUGUACCCAUUGUUCCUGGCUCACAGGGACUAGUCACGAGUGAGGAGGAAGCUGUGACAAUAGCACAAAGCCUUGGGUUUCCUGUCAUGCUCAAGGCAACAGCUGGCGGAGGUGGAAUGGGCUUGCUUACAUGCAACACAGAGAAGGAGGUGCGCGAUUCAUUCCAGACAGUGCAAUCCAGAGGCGAAGCUCUGUUUAAAAAUGCCGGGCUUUUCAUCGAGCGCUAUUACCCGUCUAGCCAUCACAUUGAGGUCCAAGUAUUUGGCAAUGGACAAGGAAAAGCUAUCGCCAUUGGAGAAAGAGAGUGUUCUAUCCAACGGAGACACCAAAAAGUGAUUGAAGAGUGUCCGAGUCCAUUUGUUACCAGGAACCCUGAACUCAGAAAAGGCUUGUGCGAUGCUGCUGUUCGUCUUGCCGAAUCGAUCAACUAUGGUUCAGCUGGAACAAUCGAGUAUCUUGUGGAUGACGAGUCAGGUUCUUUUUUCUUCCUCGAGAUGAACACGCGGCUUCAGGUUGAGCACGGCAUUACCGAACUGUGUUACGGUGUCGACUUGGUGGAGCUGAUGCUGAAGCAAGCGGAUGCUCAACUGUCCGGCAAGAAGGGUCUCCACGCGGAGUUCCUGUCGAGUAUCCCAGUGAAUGCUCCGAAUGGUGCUGCCAUCGAAGCUAGAGUUUACGCAGAGAACCCAGUCAGGGAUUUUGCUCCUUGUCCUGGAACACUACAGAGUGUUGAAUGGAAGGAGAUACCAGGCUCUCGGAUCGACACCUGGGUCUACCGCGGCAUCAAAGUGUCGGCCAACUACGAUCCCCUUAUUGCCAAGGUCAUGUACCACGGGCCAGAUCGAAAACAGGCCAUCGAGGGGCUCAGGGACAUAUUGACCGGCUCUCAAAUUUGCGGUCCUCCGACAAACCUCGGAUUUCUUGCUGAGAUUCUUGCCAACGAGGACUUUAAUCGCGGAAACACCUUGACCAAAUUCUUAAACACUUUUAAAUACAACUUGUCGGCUAUUGACGUCGUGUCCGGCGGCGCUUACACGCUUGUUCAGGACUGGCCGGGCCGUCCGACGAUUGGAAAGGGGUUUUGUCACUCUGGUCCCAUGGACUCUUUUGCUUUUCGCAUUGCAAAUGCUCUCGUGGGAAACCCGGUGGGCCUCGAGGGGUUGGAGAUUACCCUGAGCGGUCCAGAACUACGCUUCCUGGGGCCAGCGCUAAUCUCGCUAUGUGGUGCGCCAAUUGAUGCCACACUCGAUGACGUGCCAGUCCCAAUGUGGUCGAGAGUCAGAGUAUCUGCCGGUCAGCGCCUGAAGGUUGGAAAAACGACCGGAAACGGGUGCAGAGCCUAUUUAGCAGUUUUUGGCGGAUUCCUCAACAUUGCCAAAUGGUUCGGCUCAAAAGCUACCGCGCCUAUGGUUGGUGUCGGUGGUUAUCAAGGGCGACAGCUUACAUCUGGCGAUUAUAUAUCGGUCACAGACCAGCUUCCUGAGGUUAGCGGCGAACUUUCCCUGCCAAAGCACCUCAUCCCGCAGUACCCAGAUAGCUGGGAACUCAUGUCCAUGCCGGGGCCUUACGACGUUGGCUACUUUGUGCCGGAGAGCCUCGACAUGUUGUACGAAGCGGAGUGGACUGUAUCGCACAAUGCCGCGAGAGGCGGAGUGCGUCUUCUAGGUCCCAGGCCCAAGUGGGCUCGUCCAGACGGAGGUGAAGGUGGCUCCCAUCCUUCGAACCUCAUCGAAUACGGAUAUGCAAUCGGAUCCCUGAAUUGGACUGGAGACGAUCCGGUCAUCUUUCCUCAAGAUGCGCCAGAUCUCGGUGGCUUCGUGAGCAGCCAUACGAUCGUCAAGGGAGACCUGUGGAAGCUGGGACAGGUGAAAGCCGGGGACAAGUUGAAAUUUCGCGCUACUUCUCUAGCCGAUGCUCUGUCUACGCGGAAUAAGCUGGAGAAGUUUGUCAAUGAUAUCGUACAAUGUUGUCAGCGAAACACAGGCUUCGACGAUGUUACACCGCUAGACUCUGCCUUUCCCCCAGCGGUGGCGGCAAAGACCCGAGGUUCUGGUAUCGUCCAUCAGAUACAGGAGCAGGGAAACCAGCCAAAGGCCGGAGAUGACUACCUUUUAAUCGACUACGGCGUGGGUGCCUUCGACCUCAACCACCGCUACCGAGUAACCGCAUUGAAGAAGGCAUUGAGCGAAGCAAAAGGCGACAUCACAUUUGCAACCGGAUUGACCUCCAUGGUCGGCUGUGGAAACUCCCUAAUGCUCUACUACGACGGGACCAAAGUCCCCCAGAAAAAUCUGAUAGCCCACCUCUGCGCCAUAGAGACCCAACUUGGCGACCUCAGCCGCGCAAAGAUGCCCAGCCGCGUCUUCAAGCUCCCUAUAACCUUCAACAGCAAACGCCAAACCGCCGCCCUGCAACGCUACACCGAAACCCAACGUCCCUACGCCGCCUACCUCCCAGACAACAUGGACUUUGUCGCAAAGAACAACGCCUUCACCCGCGCCGAGUUCGAAAACAUCUACCUCACCGCUAGCUUCCUCGUCAUCACCGUCGGCUUCUUCACUGCCCUCCCCAUCGCCCUCCCUGUCGACCCGCGGCAACGCAUGAACUGCCCCAAGAUGAACCCCAGCCGCGUGUUCACACCCGCCGGCCAAGUCUCCUGGGGUGGAAGCUGUCUCGCCAUCUACACUGUCGAUUCACCGGGUGGAUAUCAGAUGACUGGGAUGACGAUCCCGGGCGUCGACAUCCUCGGCUCGAAGAAGGGGUACGCACCAGAACGACCGUGGCUAUUCGAAGACUUUGACCAGAUUACUUUUUACAAGGUCGACGAGGAGGAGUACGAGCGGCAGCUCGCGCUGUUCCAGAGCGGACGGUACGAGUACGAGUGGGAGGAAGUCGAAUUUGAUAUGGCGGAGCAUAAUCGGCUUCUUGCGGAGACGAAGGACGAGGUCGUCGCUAUUAGGGCUAGGCAGAGGGAGGCGCAGAGGGAGAUGGAUGAGCUUGAGAAAGAGCUACUGGAGAGGUGGGCGAGGGAGAAGGCUGAGAAGGGUGUGCCGGUUGAUACGGUCGAUGCCUUGUUGAAGGACCCGCAAAUAUCCCCAAUCGAAGCACCGCUCAAUGCAAACGUGUGGAAGGUCGAGGUGAAGGAAGGCGAUAAGCUGGAUACAGACCAAGUCGUUGUUAUUCUGGAGGCGAUGAAGCUGGAGAUUGCAGUGCGGAGCGAAGCUUCCGUUGUCGGAAGCGUUGUUGAGAAAAUCCUGGUUCAGCAGGGGGACUCUAUUGAGGCUGGGAAGCCUUUAAUGCUGGUACGGAGGGCCGAGAAGUAG